UUUCCCUAUAUUCCGCAAUUCUUGAAAUAGAACAAAAGGAAGAAAAACCAAGAAACAGUUAGAUAUAGUUACUCACUCAAAAUCUAUUAAUAUCCUCAUCCUUUGUUUAACUACUACUUGUGUUACCUAGUGUGUUUCAUGGACUACUUGAGAGAAAUAGAAGGUAAAAGAUCUCAUGAUCCUUAUUUCAUGAACAAAAUGAAGAGAUGUGUAUUUGUUAAGGGGCCAGUUAUUGUAGGAGCAGGGCCUUCUGGAUUAGCGGCUGCAGCAUGUUUAAAAGAAAAGGGAAUUCCAAGUCUGGUAUUAGAGAGAUCUAAUUGCAUAGCUUCUUUAUGGCAACUCAAGACUUAUGAUCGUCUUCGUCUUCAUUUGCCUAAGCAAUUCUGUGAACUACCACUCAUGUCAUUUCCUAUUGAUUUCCCUACUUACCCUACAAAGCAACAGUUUAUUAAGUACUUGGAACACUAUGCCAAGACGUUUGAUAUUAGGCCUGUUUUUAAUCAAUCCGUGGUAUGUGCUAAUUAUGACCGGAAUCUCGGGUUUUGGAGAGUAAAGACAGAAACAAGGACGACGACGACGACAACAACAACGGAGUAUGUUAGCCGAUGGUUGAUCGUGGCGACGGGGGAGAAUGCGGAGGCAGUGGUACCUAGAAUUGAAGGAAUGGAGGAAUUUGGAGGGAGUAUAAUGCAUACAAGCUUGUAUAAAAGUGGGGAGAUAUUUAGAGGGAAAAAAGUGUUGGUAGUUGGAUGUGGGAAUUCAGGAAUGGAGGUGUGUUUGGAUCUGUGUAAUCAUGAUGCAAGCCCUUCACUUGUGGUCAGAGAUACUGUGCACGUCCUACCACGAGAGAUGCUGGGGAAAUCAACUUUUGGGCUAUCGAUGUGGUUACUAAAGUGGUUGCCCAUACGACUUGUUGAUCGAUUUCUGUUGAUUAUAUCUCGGUUAUUGCUCGGCGACACAGCUCGACUCGGCUUGGAUCGGCCUGAAAUUGGACCCUUAGAGCUAAAAAACUUGUCCGGAAAAACACCGGUACUCGACGUUGGGACACUAGCUAAGAUUAAAAGCGGAGACAUUAGGGUAUGUCCUGGAAUUAGGGCAUUGAAAUAUCAAAAGGUGGAAUUUGAGAAUGGGCAAACGGAAAAUUUUGAUGCAAUAAUCUUGGCAACUGGUUACAAAAGCAAUGUGCCCUCUUGGCUAAAGGAAAGAGAGAUGUUCUCAGAGAAAGAUGGUCUACCAAAAAGGCCAUUUCCCAAUGGGUGGAAAGGAGAGUGUGGGCUUUAUGCAGUGGGGUUCACUAAACGUGGUUUGCUUGGUGCUUCCAUGGAUGCCAAGAAAAUUGCACAAGACAUUCACACUUUUUGGCUAAAAAUAUAAAAAAUGUUGACUACAAAAGAAAGAUUACUAGUGUUGGUACCUAAACAAGUUUUCGAACGACAAGGUGAAAGAGGAAAAGAAGAUCAACAACUGCCUUGGUUUUGUGGGGAUUCAUUCAUCAUCAAAAUCUAGUGUAUACAUCUUGUACAUUUUUUUGCCAAUUUUCUCUUAUUAAUUAUUAGGUAUGCCAUUCUUAGGUGGCAAAAAGAAGAGCUAGGCUUUUUUCUUUCUUUCUUUCUUGGUUUGGUUAUAUGAGUGUUAGAUUGCUAAUAUUCACAUGGGUUUUUUGGUU